UCCCAUUAACCAAUAAAUCAAACCCUCUCAGGUAUACACAAACAAACACUUGAAGUGAGUUAGUGUACGUGUUUGAGCUAUGGCUUUUCUUUGUUCUAGAUUAACCAUCUCUUUUGCUCUGUUUGUCCUCAUAUUGGGGACUGCCAAUGCACAACUUUCUACAAACUUCUACUCAAGUUCUUGUCCAAAACUCCUCUCCACUGUCAAAUCCACAGUGCAAUCUGCCAUAUCAAAGGAGGCUCGCAUGGGUGCUUCUCUCCUCCGAUUGUUCUUCCAUGAUUGCUUUGUCAAUGGAUGUGAUGGUUCAAUUCUAUUGGAUGACACAUCAAGCUUCACCGGUGAGAAGAACGCAAACCCCAACAGAAACUCUGCUCGUGGAUUCGAUGUCAUCGACAACAUCAAAUCUGCCGUGGAGAAAGUGUGCCCUGGAGUUGUCUCCUGCGCAGAUAUCCUUGCCAUCACUGCUAGAGACUCCGUUGAGAUCCUUGGAGGCCCUACUUGGAAUGUUAAACUUGGAAGAAGAGACGCGAAGACAGCUAGCCAAUCUGCUGCUAACAAUGGCAUCCCUGCACCCACUUCAAACCUUAACCAACUCAUCUCCAGAUUCAGUGCUCUCGGACUUUCCACCAAGGACUUGGUCGCCUUGUCUGGUGGUCACACAAUUGGGCAAGCAAGAUGCACAAACUUCAGAGCACGUAUCUACAACGAGAGCAACAUAGAUAGCUCAUUUGCAAGCACUAGGAAAUCAAGCUGCCCCCAGUCAUCAGGGUCAGGGGACAACAAUCUGGCACCACUUGAUCUUCAGACUCCGACCACAUUUGACAACUACUACUUCAGGAACCUGGUUCAGAAGAAGGGUCUCCUUCACUCUGAUCAACAACUAUACAAUGGUGGGUCCACCGACUCCAUAGUGCGUGGCUACAGCACUGACCAGAGCUCCUUUUCUUCUGAUUUUGCAUCCGCCAUGAUCAAGAUGGGAGACAUUAGUCCUCUCACCGGCUCAAACGGAGAAGUCAGGAAGAAUUGUAGAAGGGUUAACUGAUUAACUAUAUAUAUUAAGGGUCAUACACAUAAGCCUGCAAUUUAAUUGUGUUAAUCAGAUAUCUCUAUAAUAAGUUGUUAGAACAUGUUUUGAAUUUUGAUUCCGUGGUCGGCUUCCUAGCUAGUGUAGUUGACGUCAAUGCCCUGUACUUUAGUGUUUCUUUUUCUUUUUUAUAUAUCUUUAAAAAUGAUUUCAUCUUUCUACU